AUGCGCGCAAGCACAUCAGUCCGCGGUGCCACCCGCCCGCUCCUCAACGCCGCCCGCGCGGGCCCAUCAACGCCCGCGCCGCCCAAGCCGCGCUCGCACGCCAAGAACACGGCCUACCUCGAGGAUGGCAAGGCGUCGGGCACGACGCUCAACGGGCUCGUGGGGCUGCACCACAAGGCUGCGUCGUUCAUGCGCGACCCGUCCGAGAUCCACGGCGCCUUCGAGACCGCCUUCAGGAUGUACCAGCCCGAGUUCCGCUCGUACGCGCAGUUCAAGGCCGGCGCACUGCGCGCACACGGCGAGCGCGCGCCCGAGGGCCUCGAGACGCUCGCCGAGCGUAACCCCCAGGGAGCUGGCGCGCGCCGCGGCCUCGGCACAGACGCCGCGCCAUCCGACUACGCCCAGCUCGAGCACGACGUCUUCCGCGCGCCCCGCACCUGGACGUUCCGCCGCGCCGCCCACGGCCCAGAGCUCACCGAGCGCGAGCUCCGCGUCAAGGAGGCCCUCUUCGGCACCUGGGAGCGUGGACAGGACGCCAUCCCCCGCCCCGGGCUCGACGGUGUCGUCGAUAUCGUCAAGGCACGCGGCACGACGGUCAAGGACGCGGCCAAGGAGUGGGCCACGCGCGACAAGACGGACAAGGAUACCAGCACUGAGGAUGGCAUGUGA